AAAUGAACUCCUCAUGAUCAAAAUAGUCCAAAAAGUAGGACUCUCACCCCUCCAACUCAUUUCCUGAAUGCACUUUAACGGAGAAAGUCGUCGGUCGUCUCAGGAAGAGUAAAGAAUUACUGUGUCCCCAAGAAUGAGUGAGCAUAUGCACUCAAACGUAUGACAUCCCUCACCCUAACCACAUUUUGUCCAUUUUCCUCCUCACCGUACACGGGUGAACUAAAUAAAAUCCAAAAAACACGCAACCCAAUUUUCAAACACUCACUCGGGAGAAGCUUCCAUAAGUCGUCGUCGUCGCUUACUCAGGUCCGCGUCCGACGUCCGACACUAAACAUUUAGCUGGGUGUUGCAUGGUGGGGAAAAUUACUUACUACCAAUAUUGACGACUUCAGUCGGCAAGUGUCAGUCCAUCGGUUUGGUGGGAGUGAGAGUGCAGUGGAGAAAGUGUUUGGACACAAUUGUGUGUUUUUACAAUGGAAAACUGACUGCCCACACAAAAUUCACGUUCGGAGAAAGCUGCAUUAACACUAAAAUUCAUUUUAUUCUCAAAUAUGUACAUCAUGAAAUUGGUAGCGCAAAGUAUCCCAGAAUAAUAUAGGAUUUAAAUUGAUAAGUGAAAUCGUCAUCAUCAUCAACGUGAGUCAUCGUGUUUGAGAAAAAUAAGUGUCGUUUCCUAGAAAAUGAGUGAUAUGCACACUCAAGUUUGAUUGACUAAAACUUUCUCCAACCAAAUACCAAGUUCCUACCUGUCUCACCAAUCACGUAUGAAUUCCUCUUUGUCACCGUGUGUGAUCCGAGUCAACAUAUAUAAUUCGGCUUUCGUGUGUGUGUCCAUGUGCAUGUCAGCGAAUGAGACGACUUCCUCAUAACUCAUCAAGAAAUUAGACAAAACAAUUGGAAUAAAAAGCCAGCAAGAGAUACAUACCUUACUGAACUGAACUGACCAAUCAAGCCAGCUCGGACAAUGACACUAUUAUAGUUGUACCUUCAUAUGGAUACCGGUAGUUCAAUCCACUUGACUCUGUACAUACAUAUCGGUUCAAUUGGUUCUAGGAAAAGAAUAACCUUACUUGAACUAAACAAGCACCGAAAUGCCGAAGUUGAAUAUACGGUUUGAUAGACGCUGCUGGUUAUGUAUAUGGAAUGGAAAAUCGAAGCUUGUCUGUCGGUGAUAAACGAUAAAUAAAAGCCAUCCUCGUCUCAAGUGGAGUGGACACAACAACACGACACAAUUUUCGCAAUGGGGGAGUGCUCGGAGAAAGUUCAACAGCAAGUUGUUGAAUUAUUUAUGCGGAUGUGAUGAUGUAAAUGAGUCAUUCGUCACUCACCUGGCCGUAAUCCUGUUACAAAAUAUUUAAGUGUUUGCUGCCAUAUUUUUCUCGGAAUUUUGUUGCCUGACUGGAAAAAAUAGUUAUGUAAAUGAAAGAAGGACCGGUAUUUUUCUGGGAAUUUUUCUAACGUGGUGAAAGUACUGCAUUUAUGAUGUUUUAACGACGGUGGAUAACCAUUUAGGAAUCACAAUUUGACUGAACAAGAGCUGCCGUUUGUAUUAUUUUUUUUAAAUUAGUGUAAAAGAAAUAAGAUAAGUCAAAAUGAGUUCCGUGUCGAUGAGUCUGGUGUGGUUGUUGACGUUAACGGGCUUCUCUUGCGGGAAUUUUCCCUUGUUAGACGUGGAUACAAAUAUGAGAAUCGUGCUGGUUCCUCAAGACACUCCGGUUGGCACGAUUAUUUAUCGUCUCCGUGCAUCCGACUCGGACAACAACUUUCCCCUGUCGUUCGAAGUGCUGGGUGCCGUGGGAAAGUCGUUAUUAAGUCUCAACUUUUUAGGCUGUGUGGAAAGUGAAUCUUUGUGCCAAGCUGAUGUCGUGCUCAAAAAGCCGUUGGACAAAAUUAGAAAUUACGAGUUCCAACUUCAAGUGAAAGACACUACUGGUGACUACACCAAGGUCCACGCCAUGAUUCAGGCUACCGCUGGGAUGUCAAAUUUUAAUCCACUCUUCGGCCAGAGGAUCCUUCAUUUAGUCGAGGACUGCAAGGAGGGCACGGUUCUGGAGAGAUUUGAUGUUCUUAAGAACGAGCUAAAUUCUCGGAUUGUCCAUUUGGAAAUAAGGGACAAAGAAGAGAGAAUUGGGUUGAAGCAAAGACUGGUCUCCAACAAUCUGACGGAGGGGACGCUAUUUCUUAAGAGAAAGUUGGACUAUGAGACUCAACCUUGGUUUACAUUCCAACUUUUAGCAAUGAACGGAUGGACCAAUACAAGUACGGACACGAGGAACAUAUUAGUAUCGGAUGUCAUUGUGGCAGUCCACGAUGUUCAGGAUUCUCCACCCGUAUUCACCCUACUUCCAGCGUCGGUCGAGCUUAAUAGCUCCAUAAAAAUGGGUGACCUGGUGGUUAGAGUGGAGGCGGAAGAUGGUGAUAAGCAAAACAAAAGACUGAUUCGCUAUGGUUUCCUGACUGACAACAACCCUUUCGUCGUCUUCUUCGAUCUUGACCCCAUGACCGGGGAAAUUCGUUUAAGAAGGAAUAUUUCUGAACUGCUGGGAAUUGCGAAACCGAAUGAGCCCAUUCGAAUGACAAUCAUUGCUGAAGAAAUUGUUCAGGAAAAUGGAAGAUUUGGUAAAUCGCUGAAUCCCACGUUGGAAAGGACAAUGGGGAACAUUACGUUUUGGUUUGGACGAGGAAAUUCCUUGGGACCACCGGCUUUCUCUUCGGACAAAUACGUUGGAGAAAUCCAGGAAAACAGUCAGCCUGGAACGUCCGUCAAUUUCAGAGGAUUAUUCGGCUUAUCAGUUUCUCAUUCGAAUCCGGGAGAAAUCAUUGCCCUCUCCAUUCCCUCGACCUCUAAAGGAUCCCCCAACUCAGACACCUACUCUCACCAAAGUCCAUUUAUUGGACCAAUUAAUUCUCGUUUUCCAACUCAAAAUCAACUAAUUAACACAUUCGAACUCAUUCCUUCUCAAGGCGUGGGCAACUUUUCCUUUGAGAUACGAGUAGUCGACCCCAAACUUUUAGACUAUGAGACGUAUCAUGAAAUUAAGUUGAUGAUAAUGGCUUCAACUCAAGGAGGACUUUCUUCCGAAGUUGAAGUAACAAUUCACAUUAGAGAUGAAAAUGAUAACCCGCCAGUCUUCUCCCAGUCCGAAUAUAAAGUCACCAUACCGGAGCACAGUCCCGUGGGCACGAAGGUGAUUCAACUCAAAGCCACGGAUAAAGACUCCACCGGGACGAAUGGGGAAGUAAUGUAUGCAAAUCUCGUGGGUUCGGACGCUUUUCAUCUAGAUCCUCAAACGGGAGAAAUUACCGUAGACAAACCUGAGCUUAUCGAUCGAGAGGUUGAAUCAGAGAUAAGACUGUACGUGGAGGCGAAGGAUGGCGGGUACACCGAGUUUUCGAACCCCUCAACAUUGCGAAACAUGGCGACGGCGACCAUAAUUGUGAAGCUGCAUGAUCAAAAUGACAACAAGCCCGAAUUUCUUAUGAAAUAUUAUCAAGCGGUACUAAAUCCUGACAUGGCGUCGUUUAAGACUCCUAUCCAUGUGAAAGCGUUUGACGCUGAUGAGGGGCCCAACGGACAGAUCAAGUACCAAUCGUUGGACCCCAAGUUUUUUGUGGAUCCGACAAAUGGAGAGGUCCGAAUUCGAGGCGUUUACAAUAAGAGCCCAUCAGCCGGGGAUGGUCCAUACUUGGGAGCGUUCAGAAUAAGAGCGUACGAUUUGGGAAAUCCACAACAAAGCGCGGAAACCGUGGUACAGCUUUUUUCCGAGGAAAUGGUCAUACGAGAGAUUCAAUUUGUUUUUCCGGCUACUCCCGAAAAAAUUAAGAAGAAUCAGACCAACAUUGAGAAAAUGUUGUCUUCACUGACAGGAGGGAUCGUGGGUAUCCAGAAAAUUACCCCGCUUUCAUCAACAUCAAGGUCUGGCCUUACUGACGCCAGUGGUAACAAUUUACGGCGUAUCAACAGUAUUCCAAAUGAUGGGACCCCAAUUGACGAGAAUAAUAACAACGACGUGUGGCCGAACGGUGAAAGUGCGGCUGGACGAUCUAUCAUCCCAGCUCCACCAGUCGUUCCUACUUUGUCUCCGCAAAAUUAUGCGAAUGCAAAUACAGGAGAUAAAGGUCCCGGGAUUGGAGCCGGAAAUACCGGGAGUCGAGGAAGGUCUGCUGACUUAUCAUCGGAAAAAUCCCUUGUCAUUGCCACCGUCCAAUAUCCCGUCCUGAACGGUCAACCCACACGGGUUGAUCUUGCCGCAUUUGAGAAAGCAUAUGGCGGAGGUGGUGGUGGAGACGUGAGAGAAGUUACAACUUUGCCAAGUCACGACACUGAAAUGAUUAAACUAUAUGAAGCCGAAAAUCGUGCCUUGUUCUGGAUUUUGAUCACAUUUCUUUUCCUACUACUGAUCCUCUUUGCCAUAUUUUUGUGCUGCAUUUACUGCCCGUGUUGCUGGCUGUAUGGUCACUGUUACAGUAAAGGGGUCAAAACUCCAGAUGCGAAAGAAAGGGUGCGAGUGGAACGUGUCAUCGUGGAAAAACGAGCCGGAGGCCGACAUUCGAGAAAGACAUAUCCAGCCGAAGAAACAGAGGAGGAUUCUGGCGAUUUAGAAAGCGGAAGUUACCGACGUGGACCCCCACCACCGCAUCACCACGUACGCAGAGAAGCGUGGAGUGGGGAGGAACAUAAAAGCUCCUGGAGACGCGGGGGACCUCGGGCAAGAUAUCAAGAACGGCCCCCUACCCCGCACAACAAACGUGACGGACAAAGACACAGAAGCCGACCCCAAGAAGCCGACGUAUCUCUGGAAGACUGGGAUUUUGAACCGUCUCAAGGACAAAGAGAUAGAGCUGAAGAAAUCGGACCCAGAUGGCAGAAUAUGCAACACGUACAACAAGUCCACGUACUCCCCCCACAACAACAACCCCAAACUAUUACGGUACCAGUCCCGCUGGCAAUGAUGCCGCUGCAAGUGCAACAACAGCUUCAGCAACAGAUUCCCCAACAACAACAACAACAGCAACAAAGACGAGUCGGUUAUGUAGGGCAGCAACAUCCCGGCGAUGAAGAUUUUGUCCGUAGACAUCGUUCCGACACAGGUGACCAAGUCUCAGGUCAUUACAUGCCGGCGGAAGUUGAACGCUCCCAGGUGCAUAUUCCCCGUCAUUAUCCGGGUGGGUCCGCCCCUGGACCGGAUAGUGGAAAACAAAGGCAAACACGGUUUUUUAAAACCGAGACCGGCGAAGUAUUACAAUUCGCCGACAUGGAGGGCGAAGAAGGCAAAGAAUUGUUAAUGAAGCGCUACAUCGACGACCACCAGCAACAACACUUUGAACAAUUAGCCGAAGGAUUUAGCGGUCCACUCGUUCAACUCGAUGAUACCCAAGACCUGCAAGCCUUAAAUAAUGAAGCAAGCUUAGUUCCAGCUCCUUCCGUAGCCUCAUCCGUGGAUCGACCUCGUGCCGCCCUCAUGACAAAACGACCCCAUAAACUCACCACUAAAGAGAUGGAAAUUGCAGAACAACAAGAUCAGGACGACGAUGAAAUAUUAAUUCGGGACGAGAAAACCAAAAGUAAGCGAAACAAUAAGACCACCACAACAAAAUCCAAGAGCAAACAAACCACCACAAAGUCAUCCAAAGUCAGCCGUGAGAAAUUGCUCAACAGCCGGGAUGAAAAUGGUGAUGGAGAUGAUGACGAUGAUAAUAAUCUACAGAAAAGAAAGAAGCAGCAGCCGCUCGAACUGCAGGAUCACGAAAGCCGGCGACAUAAUAAGGACGCUAAUAAAGAUAAAGAUAAGUUGAAGGGUAAACGUCAACCCAACAGAAGAUCUCAUUCGUUAAGUGAGGAAAUUGACAGUGACACUGAGGGUGACGGAUCUGCAGGAAAGAAUAGGAAAAAAUCCGACUCGACUAAACCCAAAUCGAAAAGUGUGAGUCGAAGUCGUAGCAAGAGUAAAAGCACUUCCAAAUCUAAAUCAAGAUCUAAAUCGGGAUCAAGGUCGACUUCUCCAGUAUUACGGGCAUCCAAAUCUAAUUCCAAGUCCAAAAGUCCACCAGAUGAAGAUCGGGUGCCUGUGGAUGAAACAGCCAAAAAGACUAAACAGCAGCCUUCCGCUGUGGUGCAACAACCUUCAAAAAGUUCCAGAAAAGAAAUUGUAAAAGAUUCACCCUCGGCGAAAGGAGGUGAUCAUCAUCACAAAACUCAUCGGAAGCAUGGACGAAGAUCUAAAGAGAAAGUAGUGCCGGAUCCCCAACAGCAAACAAUGGAACAGGAACUGCAAAAAUCUGCUCCUUCAGAUUCUGCUCAACCACUCGCCAACAUCACCAAUGUUCCCGUAGUUUCAGUCGAACAAGUGCAGCAAAGGUCAGCAGAAGAUAAUCAGCACGAGGCGGAAGUGGAUAUCAACAUAAUCCCACCCAGCUCGGCGGCCAUGAGUGACGAGAAUGAUAACGAGAAGGCGAGAGAGAAAGUGGCAGAGGGGGAAAUAAGGGAUCAGGCUUAUCAAGAGGGUGAUAACCACCGAAACAAUGACAGUGAGGAUCAUGAAGCCCAAGUGACCACCACCACCACAACGACAACCUCCACCUCACACCAACAAGUCGUCGAGGUGGAGGAACACGUACAACAAAUCGUGCAGGAGGAAGCCCUUCAUGAAAAUGAUGACGAAGACUCCGGCAUUGGGAUUUCCGGUGCAGGAACAAACAUAUCAAAACGUAACAGGAUGCUGGAGAAAAAAUCCGUUUUUACCAUUGCUUAUGAUGAAGUCGCCCGAAAAACCUUGAUGAGACCGGACACUGGUAGCAAUAGUAAUAAUGAGGCAGAAGGUGGAGUUGCCUCGUAGUCAAAAUAAUAAUAAAAAGAUUAACCAAAUUAUGAAUAUUUACAAAAAUUAUGAAUAUUGUCCGUCUCAACGUCAUCAAAUUAUGAAUAUUUACAAAAAAUAUUGAUACAAUGUAUUAUUUUAUACUGGAAAAAAGGUUGUACCUAAUUAACUAUUUAAUUAAAUAUCUGGUGAGUAAGACGAUGACUUUUGUAAAUGUACUCCAAACUACUAAACUAUAAAAUAAAGUGUAUAUACAUAACGUUAAUGCAAGGU